GAGGGCAACCCGCAGAAAGCCGCUGUCAUUUCGCUGCGCUCGUGCUCCUUCAGCUAGGGUUUCCAUUUCCUCUCUCCGCCGCCAGUAUGAGUCGUCAUCCCGAAGUCAAGUGGGCACAAAGGUCCGACAAGAUCUACCUUACUAUUCUCUUAGCUGAUGCAAAGAAUGUUCAGAUUAAUCUUGAUCCAGAUGGUGUUUUCACUUUCUCUGGCAUCACUGGUUCAGACAAUAUCUUGUAUGAGGUCAAAUUGGAGCUAUUUGAUAAAGUAAACGUUGAGGCAAGCAAACUAAACACUGGCGUUAGGAGCAUCUUCUGUGUUAUAGAAAAAGCUGAGAAAGGGUGGUGGAAGAAGCUAUUGCGUGGUGAUGGAAAGCUACCUCACUACAUUAAAGUUGACUGGGAUAGAUGGGCAGAGGAAGAUGAGGAUGAUGGCCCUAAUGCUGAUGACUUUGGAGGAAUGGACUUCUCGAAAUUCGGUAAUAUGAGGGGAAUGGACGGUGAUGAUGAUCUUGAUGUUAGUGAUGAUGAAGAGGCUGACACUGCAACGAAGACUGAAGAUCCUAUUGAAGCUGCAGAUCUGGAGAAAAAGGAUGAAACAGAAAAAGCUUCAAACGCCUAAAAUUUAAAAAAAAAAGAAGAAAACCCUAAAAGAUUGCUCUGUUGUGCUCUCCAUUGAUCUUAUUAAUGUGGUCCAGAUAUUAAAUGCAGACAUCAAGUUUUGUGCUUGUUUUGUUGUUUCCUUUCAGGUGGCUGUUUUAACUUCCUUUAAAAAAAAAGAAAAAAAAAAUCUGUAUGGAUUUUGUGUAGAAACUUGUUCUAACAACUGGUGAACAAUAGUUGAAAUAUGGCUCGUAUUAGUUUAGUUUAUUUGUGAG